GUUAUGUGUUCUAUGACUCUAUGAGUAAAGUUGAGGUUAGGUUUUUUUAAAUAACAUUGGGGAAAAGCAAUUGUGAAGUUGUUAUGAAAAUUUUUCAAAAAUGUUGGAUUUCAGGUAGCGAUUUGAGGUUUUCCAAUCGUUUCCAGUAAGAGAAGCACCUGACCUGUAGCGAAACAUUAAACAUUCCUCCACUGGAUUUGUUAAUUCUGCAUACAGUAUUGUUAGUAAAUCAAAUCAAAUUGAGCUAAAAUUAGAAGAUCUACGAGUUUAUCAUACUUUCCUGUCAGUAAAAAAGUUCUUAAAAAUGGAUCCAGCGCUACUGAAAGAACGUGAGGCAUUUAAGAAAAAAGCUCUUAGCACCCCAAGUGUCGAAAAGAAAAAGGUGGAGUCAAAAUCUGAACAUAAGGAAGAGAAGAAAAAAGUCAAGACGAAUAGCAGCAAUAAUGUACCUAAACUUGAUAUCAACAGUUACAAAACAUCUUCUGGAAGCUCGCAGUACCGUUUUGGUGUACUAGCAAAAAUAGUCAAACAUAUGAAAACACGACAUCAGGAAGGUGAGACUUAUCCUCUCUCAUUAGAAGAAAUUUUAGAUGAAACAAACCAGUUGGAUGUUGGAAAUAAAGUUAAACAGUGGCUGCAAACUGAAGCUUUGAUAAACAAUCCAAAGAUAGAAGUUUCUGCUGAAGGAAAAUUUAUUUUUAAAGCCUUAUUUAGACUGAAAGAUAGAAAAAGUCUGCUAAAAUUACUGAAGCAACAAGAUUUGAAAGGAUUAGGAGGAGUAUUGUUAGAGGAUGUGCAAGAAUCCUUGCCACAUUGUGAAAAAGCUCUAAGGAUACUAGAUAAUCAAAAUGAAAUUGUUUUCAUAACAAGACCAAUUGAUAAGAAAAAAGUUUUGUUCUACAAUGAUCGGACUGCUAGUUUACCUAUAGAUGAGGAAUUUCAAAAAUUAUGGAGAUCUGUUGCCGUAGAUGCUAUGGAUGAUCAGAAAAUUGAGGAGUAUUUAGAUAAACAAGGAAUUCGAUCUAUGCAAGACCAUGGUCCAAAGAAGCCCAUGGCCCCAAAACGUAAAAAGGCUUCGUCCCGGAAGAAGGUGUUCAAAAAGCCUAGGGAUAACGAGCAUCUGGCGGAUGUCCUUGAGACUUACGAAAACGACACUUUGACUCAAAAAAAUACGGUGUAGCAGUUUGUACGGUUGAGAGCUACGCUGUACAUAUAUUUUGUGAUAUAUGUAUGUUUUUGAUGUCAGUUUAUAUUUCUUUGUACAAUUGUGAUAAAAUUAAAGAUAUGCACAUAUA